AUGCUUGUCGAACGCCAGCUUCUGCGAGAGAAUAUUACUUUUUCUGUGGCCAAGGAGAAAGACGUCAAUAUUCUCCAUCAGUUAAGCUACAGGUCACGACGGGAUGAAUUCUUCAAGUUUAUCAAUGAGCGCCGCAGCCUUGCCGCAAAACUGGCUGCUCACCAUUUGGGCGUCCCUCCUAAAGCAUGUCAUGCGGUGGAGAUCGACAACUGGAUGAGCGGGAGUUUCAAUCUCUGCGUUCUCGUCACCAUAAAGGGUUUCAAACCCGUGAUUAUUCGCUUCCCGCUCCCCUACCGUGUUGGUGAAGGCCCUUUUCCGGGGAACAGCGAUGAGAAAGUCAAGUGUGAGGCGGGAGCGUACGCGUGGUUGCAACAGGAGUGCCCUUUAGUGCCAAUCCCAAAGCUUUACGGGUUCGCUUUGUCAACAGGACAAUGUGAACUUCAUCCGUAUCUAAUCAUCGAAUACAUGGAAGAGGGGGAGAUGCUUUCAGUGUCAAUGCAGGAUCAAUACGAUCGAAAGGAGCUCCGAAAAAACCUUUUUCGAGACCUCUCAAAGAUUAUGCUAAGUUUGAGCCGUGUUCCUCUGCCGAAAAUUGGUUCCUUCGUCAUUGAUGAUAGCGGCUUUCUACGCCUUACCAACCGGCCCCUUACAUUCAUGCUGCAAGACUUGGAAAAUGAAAAUAUUCCUGUUGACAUGCCGAGGGAUCGCACCUUUGCAAGUGUUGAUUCCUACGUCAAUUCCCUUCUUGUCUGCCAUGACAACCGCCUUACAUAUCAGCCGAACGGCAUCAGCAGUGGGGGCGACUGCGUCUCCCAAAUGACUGCACUUGCUUUGAUGAGGACAAUACGCCCGGAGUACUUUGACUCAAGGUUAAAUCAUGGGCCCUUUUUUUUUUCACUGACUGAUAUUCACGCGAGCAAUAUCCUCGUUGACGAAAAUUGGAAUAUUAAAUCUAUCAUUGAUUUGGAAUGGGCCGCCGCCCUUCCGGUGGAAUUCAUAGGCACACCUCUUUGGCUAACUCAGGAAUCAAUCGACUGCAUCAAUGCCGAAAAAUAUGACCAAAUACGACAAGAAUUCAUGGGCAUAUUUAUUGAAGAAGAAAAACACUGUCCUGCAGACCAUGCCAUCCAACGGGCAUCAACCAUGCAAAAAUCGUGGGAACAGGGAAUAUUCUGGUAUGUUGCUGGCUUGGAAAGCCCCACUGGGCUUCAUUCCAUCUUUUACAAGCGCCUCCAGCCACUCUAUGAUAAGAAACAUGCCCAAAACACGGACUUCUUGCUCAUGGCUUGUGAAUAUUGGCGGCGAAAUGCGAUGGACUUUAUCAGAUCCAGGAUGAAGGACAAAAAGGCGUACGAUGAAAGACUUCGGGAAGCCUUCGAAGAGCACUGA